GCAAUGGAGCCCCUUGCAUUUAGAAAAUGCAUGGAAAGCCUUGUGGCAUCUGGACUUGCUUUCGACUCCCUUAUCACAGAUCGCCAUACGUCCAUUGCAAAAUUCAUGAGGGAAAAUUUUAAGAACAUCAAACACUACUUUGAUCUGUGGCAUCUGCAAAAGAAGGUACACAAAGUCCUAACUAAGAUCAGCAAGGAGAAAGAUGGGGAAUGUCUGUCCGACUGGAUCAAGCCUUGCGAAAAUCACCUGCUGUGGAGUGCCACUUCCACACCAUCUGGAGAUGGGGAAUUGAUAUGGGCCAAAUUUGUUUCAUUUUUGUCCUAUAUCAUCAACAAGCAUUCUGACCUAGAAAAUGACAAAUUUAAUGAGUGUGCACAUGAGGAGCUAAUAGGGGAUAGAAGAUGGCUUGAAGAAGAUACACCAGUUUACGACAAAGUGUGUUCUGUCUUAACGAAACCCUCAUUGAUGAAGGGCAUCAAGAAGGCAUCACCAUUGGCCCAGACAAGUUGUUUAGAGGGUUUUCACUCUGUUGUAAACCAGUAUGCACCAAAAAUGACAGCCUACUCUUAUCAAGGGAUGUACUGCAGGCACAUAAUUGCAGCUGUCCUUUUUAAUUACAACCUUCAACGUGAUGUCCGACACAGCGAAGAUGGGACAGAACAAGUUAGGAUAGUUUAUCCCAAAUUCAAAAACGGCGAAGCAACUGUUCGGAGUGUUAGAGUAAAGCCAAAUCAUGAUUAUAUUGAAGACAUUUACACAACAUUUAUUGAGACCAAACAAGAGAAAAAGUUGCCUGCAGCMGUAGAGGAAUUGGAAGCCAUGACACCAGCGCCCAUGAAUACUAUGUUGGAGAAGCAAUCUAGAAAUGGAGCAUUGCAGUUGUGGAAAAAAAGGAAGUCAAUGGUGGUGCAAGAGGUCUCUGGAACUGAACCAG